UAUGGACGAACCGCGCCUGCUCCAUGCCUUCAGCCUGCCCAUCAUUUAGCUCGAUUUGCACGUUCCAUGUCCAUAGGACAGGAUACCGGAUAUAUGUCACAGUGCGCAAUCUAGGUUUUUUUGUGACAACGACCUGUUCGUUCACAGUUCAUGCUGCACCGAAUUUUCAUCACGGAUUACGGAUCCUGAAUCGGAAGUGAAAGCGAAACGUGUGAAAACCAAGCAGCAAAACCAAAAACAACUACAAAAUGUGUCUUUGUCCAAAUGAUUCACACUUAAAUAGAGAGUCUAAAUGUGGGAGACACGACGUUUAUGUGAUUUGGCUGAGGGCACCGUUUCGUUCAUUCGACUUUUGAUUCUGCAUAAAAGAAAGUGUCACUGGCCCCCAAGCCAGAAUUUAGUGAUCCCGUUUUCUAGGUUUCGCCCGUCCUAACUGGCAUAUUUGUAAUUCGUAAAUCAACAAUGUUUAGCUCUUCUGUGGCUGUGGACUGGACACUACGCAUGCAAAGAAAUCUUCAAGCAAGGAAGGGCCUGUCACCUCGGCCUUCGUCUUGUGUUUUGGACUUGGCAGUUCUUGUUGGUCGAUAGCUGUUGUUCUAGGCUUUGUACUAAGCCUGCCAAUUACCCGAGACACCGAUAAGACCUAGCCAAGAUCGACUUGGUCUAGAUUAUCUAGAUCUAAAAUCUAGAACUUCUCCUGGUCCUGGCUAGCCAAGGAGGGCCUAGAUCUAGCUAGGCUUUAGGCGUACACUGUUUAACUGUUUAGAACAAGGAGAUCAAGAUUCUAGGCCUAGAUUUAGAUCUAGAGAAUAGACUAGAUUCUAGAUCUAAAUCUACCCUUUUUUUUACGCAGGGCACAUACAGUGAAGUUGGUUAUCAAUCAAUAAUGUUCAGAGGCAUAGAUCUACAGUACAGUACAGUGUAAAGAUAGACUAGAGAUCUAGUUUGUAUUCUUUGUUAGAUCUACAAAUCUAGUGAUUAUACUACUAGAGUUCUAGUUCGCACAAACUUUAAAAAAUGAAGAUCACUUGUUGCCCAGGGUGUAAUUCCAACUUCACGUCUGUGGUAGUUGUUCCGCAGUCCCGUGGUCGUCAGACUGUUUCGAAAUGUCCUUUGAUUUUGAGGUGUGGACACACUUUCUGUGAAGUUUGCAUGAUACAAAGCGCAAAGAAAAGAACGGAUGUGGUUCAGAAAGAACAAGGCAGUUUAGUUGAAGUGGAAUUCAAAGCAGAAAUAUCAUGCCCUAUAUGCAAAAGACUAACAUUGUUGCCCAGUGGAGUGAAAGACUUACCUAGGAACAUUUACCUGACAGCUUGCAUUAGCACAAAUCACCAUGCCAAGCUGGAAGAAAAUCUCGGUCAUUUUGUUCCCUUGCCAACAAAAAAACUGCUCCAGAAAUCCAUGUUAGAUUCCAUGAAAGACAAUAAAAGUGACCUUAAAUGCAACAUGUGUGGGAUAAAGAAAGCUUCUUGCGAGUGCAAAGAAUGUGACAAUGUAUUAUGCUCUGAUUGUUUUAACAUUGUACACAAGCUUUCAGCAGCAAUAAAACAUCAUAAGCCAGUGGCAAUCUUAAGAGAGGGUUCAAAGGAGAGAGAAACUUUGUGCGAAGAACACAAGAGACCUAUAGAAUAUUUUUGUACAGAAGACAAUGUCCCGAUUUGUUCCAGAUGUUAUAUAACUGGUGAUCAUAAACAGCAUCCCAUUGUCUCCUUUGAAGAAAAAAAUAAGGAUUUUGUUGAUGAAAUACAACAAGAACUACCAGUGGCAAAUGCUGUUCUGACUUGUCUGAAGAAAGUUGACAAACAAAUAUUGUCAACCAUGCCAGCUUUCAAGAGUGAGACCAAAGCUCUCAUUGAAAAAGUAAAUGCAAGCUUUGUGAAUUUGCAUGCUUUGCUUCAGGCCCGUGAAAUGGAGAUUAUAGAUUGCCUAACUGCAGCCUACUAUAAUGGACUUCAUGAACUUGAAGAAAAGAGAGUUAAAUUUGAGCAUUGCAAGCUCAACUUGGAAAUUUCUGUAAAACAAGCCAAGAAACUUACAGAAAACAGUGGUUUCGUUAUGGAUGCUGAAAACACCCUUGAAGGACUCCGUGGAGCCAAGAAUAUUCCAUGUGUUCUAACUGAUGAAGAUCCUGUUGAUGUUAAACGUUUACAGUGGCAAGAGAAUGGUUCAUCAGAACUGUUGUCUGCAAUUUGCUCCUUUGGAAAUAUUAUUGGAGAAAUGAAUGACAGGGUACAGUUCAAAACUGCUGAGGAUGCUCAAUUGCUACAGAUGGUUCCAGAUGAUGACACAGAUAGUGUUUCGUCUCGAUCAUCUGCCAUUUCCAAUAAAAGUGUCGUGAGAAGUGAAAGCAUAUUGUCAAGGGCUCUCAGCACAACCACCGAUUACACUGAGGAUGAUGUAGAACUUGAAAGGGAAGACACUGAUGGAGGUUCGUUGAAAUCAAAAACAGUGGCAACUAAAGAAACAAUUACUGAACCUAUUGUGAAAGGCCCUCCUCAAAAAGUUGUUUUGUCGCACAUAAACUCUCCAAACAGCUUCUAUGUACAGCUAGUGAGUAACAGGAAAAAACUGGAAACUCUGUCACAUAAUAUGAACGUUUGGUGCAGCAGUACUUCCUCAAGCAAGUACAUCCCGUUGACUCUUGAAAGAAACAUGUUGGUUUUAGCCAGGUACUCUGGAGACAAACAGUGGUACCGAGCAAGAGUUCUGAGCAUUGAGGAUCCAUCAGAUGACAAAGGGACAACUAAAUUCAGGGUCCGUGUCGUUUACAUCGAUUUUGGAAAUGAGGAAGUUGUCGGAUUGAAAGAUGUGCGCACAAUGCAAGAUCGUUUCAUGGACUUUCCAGAGUUCAAAGUUCAUUGUGCUCUGUUUGACAUGGCUCCCUUUGAUGAAGACAGCUCCUGGGAUGUGGAAGUCAUCCAUGAGUUUCAGAAAUUGACCAAUGAGAAGGUCUUGAUCAUGAAUGCUCUGGCAAGGAGUAUAGAUGCUCUGGAGGUGGAUCUCACCUACAUUCCCUCUGAGAAUGUCUCCGAUGACCUUUUUGUGUCUGUGAGAGAUGUCCUCAUUUUCUUAGAGUUGGCCCGCUUCAAGCAUCAUAGUGACCAAGCGAAGAUCCAGUACAGUCUUCCAUCAUAUUCUAAGGCCAAAUUCAUCCCAGCCACGGUGGUGAAAAGUGACUCCAUUGUGGAAAUUGAUAUCACUCAAGUGAAGUCACCUUGGGAUUUUCACAUGGUGGUCAGAGGAGAAGAAAAUGACUACUAUACUAGCAUGAUGGAUCAGAUGCAAAAACUCUACAAAGGAGAUAUGAACCAGAUUUACCGCAUGUACUACCCGAGAUGUGGGGUGAUGUGUGUGGCACAGUGGAAGAAUGGAACAUGGUAUAGGGCUAAAGUCCUGGCUGCCCCUGUGAAGAGAAAGGUUCGGGUUCAGCUGGUAGACAUUGGAGAAAUAAUUACUGUACACUAUGAGAAGCUGAGGAAAAUCCACUCUGAUUAUGUCAAGCUGCCUGUUCAGGCAGUACCAUGUACUCUCACGGAUGUUUGUCCAUUGGGUGGGGCUGACAGUGACUGGUGUGAUGAAGUACGACAGUGGUGUCAGACUGUCAUGUCAAACUCACGGGCUUCUGCUCGUGUAGUCAGGUGGGCUUCUCCUGCAAAAAUAGUGCUAUGGCUGGGCCAGGAGACUGACCCACAAAAGGACAGUAGCAUCAACUCACUUUUGGUGCUCGCUGGCUUAGCCCACAGCACUGGCCCCGCUUCCAUUUCUGCAACCCUUGAUUUAGGCACCAGCCUGCCUUUGCCAGUUGAAGAUAAUGUUCUGCAGAAGCCAAGACUGUCCUCUUCCUGCUCAUCCUCUCGGAGCACAAACGCUUCUCCUGCUUCAUCCCCACCAAAGAAGACUCUGGUAACAAAAGCUUCACCGACCCAUACAAAGGAACUCAGCAGCCAAACAGGUAGUGACAGAAGCAGUAGACAGAACCUGGGAACAACGUCUCAAAAAAAAGCUGUAAAAACAAAGAAGCAUUGUAAAAAAGGGAACAAAGGACUCGAGAAGAAACAAUCUGCUACCAGUGACUCUCUCCAGGACAGGAAAGAGAAGUCUUCUUCUGAGGCGCUAGAUAUGAAUAACAAGGACAAGAUUCAGGAGGAAAUUCAUAAGGCCAUGAGUCUUGUUGCAGGGGAGGAGUCACUGUCGCACAAACAGCCUAUGUACAUCCAGGUUGUGAUGACAUGUUUCAAUUCACCAUCUGACUUUUUUCUAAGGGACAAAGAAAAAGAAGAACAGGUGCAGAAACUGAUGGCAGGCAUUCAAAAGGCUUGCUUGACAGGAGAAGACUGUACUCAGGCUUGGAACUUGGAAGAUUGCUGCGCUGUCAGGAACCCUAAGGAUGAGACGUGGUACCGAGGAACCUUAAAGAAGCUUCUAGAGCCCGAUAGAGCAGUGGUGGAACUUGCUGACUUUGGCUCGCUCAUUGAGGUCACUUCUUCCAAAGACUUACAAAGCCUUGCUGCAGAGUUUUGCAAGACUGAGAGCAAUGCUGUCAGGUGUUACUUGGGGGAUCUCAUCCCAGCUGGGACCACAGACAAGCAACGGUGGUCAAGUACUGCAAUAGAUUUUAUGGCAGGGCAGAUCUUUGAAAAGAACCUUUAUGUGAAACAAAUGGACGACGCAAGUGAGGAAGGUGUGCCUGUUGACAUAAUUGUGGAAGAGGUGAUUCCAGAGACAGCCUUUGAGCCAGCCAGUCGCAAUUACCAUUCUUUGCGUCAAUACAUUCUCGAUGAAGGCCUAGCCAUGCCGAACAAACGCAUGUCUUCAGAGACUGGGGAAAAAGUGGAGAAUAGAUUCAUGAAAAGAAUGUUUGGCCAGGAAUGCGACAGCUCGAAUAAAGCGGAGGAUGAGAAUAAAGAAAAUGAGAGCAGUCCUGAUGUUCAGUCCUCUCUGCCUUCUCAUGCGUCUGUUCACUCUGAUGCUGAGAGUGAGGAUCAGGUGAUGUCUCUGGAAGUGCCUAAGUCAGUUUGCCUACCAGAACUCCCUGAGGUGGAAGUGGGCAGUGAGAUGACAGUAAUCCCCACUUUUGUGGGAGAUGACGGGGUCAUUUAUGCUCAGCCUGUGGUGUGGGAAGGCCAGAUUGAACACAUGUCGCAAGAACUGCAGCGAAUUUAUGAGGAUGCUGUGCCCACAUUUAUGUCGUGGCAAGUGGGUCAGCUGUGUGUGUCUCAGUUCCCAGAGGAUGGCCUGUGGUACAGAGCGAAGAUUAUGGAGUUCAGACAAGAAGAAGCCAAGGUGCAGUACAUAGAUUUUGGCAAUACUGCAUGGGUACCUGUGGACCAGCUCAUGGAGAUGUGUUCUGCCUUUGCUGAGGAGCACUUGCAUGCCUUGCACUGUGUCUUGUUUGAGGCUGAGCCCUCUGCAGGGGACGGAGUUUGGCCCACACCUGUGCUGGCUCACAUCCACGAGCACGUGGUCAAUAACGAGUGUGUGAUCACUGUGCAUGGCAGCAUGAAAGCAGCUCAGGAAACAUUGGUGUUUGUCUCUCUCACAAAUGAGAAGGGCUUCCAAUUUCCAGACUAUCUUUUUUCUGAGCUGCUUGCCACGAACAGGGAGGACAUCACUCAUUUUUACAAGAGAAGUGCUCUCAUUGGUCCCGUCUUAUGCAAUAACAACCCUUACAGCCUGCUGGAUGUGGGUGGAAUAGGCUCAGAGUUCCGAGCUACAGUCACACAUGUGGAACUCCCCAAUGUUGUCUAUGUACAACGUCUCGGGACUCAGAAGUCACAGGCUGUGGACUCUAUCAGUAACGGAAAGGAGUCUAAAAUCAGUGAACAAAUCAUGGAAUUUGAAAAAAUGGCAGAGGAGCUAAACAGAUGCUCCUCUAUGCCUUUUGUUAAGCUGCCAGAUAAAGGAGUUAUGUGUGCAGGACAGUUCUCUGUGGACGGGUGCUGGUACAGAGCAGUUUGUGUGGAGAGUUACCCCAGCACUAAUUCUUGUCUCCUGGUCUAUGUGGACUUUGGGACCUCAGAAGUGGUUCAUCUCUCUAAGAUUAGAAUAUUACCUUCUGAGUUCUGGAGCAUCCCAGCACAAGCCAUCAGGUGCUACUUCAACAUUGUUCCUCCUCCGAAUCAUGCAGGCAUAUUUAAAACGUCAACGCUGAUGGGUGUCGUUGAGACGUUGUCCGACAAAGAGCUGCUAGCAAGAGUGGUACAGACUUCACCACUGACUUUAGAGCUGUGGGAAGAGAAAGAAGAUGGUGAGCUGAGCUUGGCUUAUGACAUGCUCAUCUCUUCUGGCCUGGCACAGCUCCCUGCUCAGGCUGACGAUGACAGCUUGACUGAGGCCGGAGGGCGAGGGUUUAUGGAUGACGGGGACCCAGAUGUUGUCUAUGAAAUGGAGGAUGAAGAGGAGGAAAAAAGUAACACUGAAAGUUCCAUGAGCCUCAAAGAACAGAAUGGUGACAGCUCAAGUAAUGUGGAAAGAAGCUCGGAAAGUACUGAGGCCAUCACCGAUGAAUGAAACGUUGAAAUUUUUUCCAUAUUGUUGAUGUAUGUUGUCUAAAGAUAAGCUGCGAUGAGGCUAGAGAAAAAGUUUCAAGUGUGAGUAUUGGUAAUUGUAAUGAGUGUGGAGUCAAAUACCUUACCAAACAGUAUUAGUCUAGAUGUGAAAAUGACGUGAGCGCUGUAGAAAGUAUUAUUGAUGGCAAUAUUGACUUUCAGGAGGGAAAUGCAUGUGUGGGAGAUUGUAGAAACGAUGACACUGAAAAUGAAAGCAGAGGACUUGUUUUCAGGGUGUAUUGAGACAUUUGCAUCUGGUUUAAAAAUAGUUGAGUCUGAAAAGUUGUUUUUUUCUUGUGUCAGUUCCUUUCAUAGUAUUCUUUUUUUCCGCCUUUUUCAUAUGAUCAUUUUCAAAUGGUAGAAAUGUGGCUAUUAUGAAGUACGUUUCUUGGUUUUCAGAUCAAGGCUUAGUUAAUUUGAAUGUUUUGGUUGAAAAUUAGAAUUUAAUUGUUAGUAUGCUAGAUAAUACAAACAUAUUUCCAAGGAUUUUAUCUGUGAUGAGCUCCCUUGCCAUGGUCCAUGAAUGCAGCUUCACAGAUGUCACUCAAAGCCUGUCUUUAUACCUGAGUUUGUAGAGCCCCUGGAGAUAGGUUCGAGUAAAAUAGGAGGUCGGGAUUGAAUACCUUCCCUCCACUUGUUGUCAGAUGGACUGUAGAUGAAGGUUGUUUGUUAUAUUUAGGGGAGACAUACACUCCUGGUAAAAAUUUCCAGACAAAUGACUUCUAUUCACUUUCAUGUAAUUGUGCAAGAAGUUCAUAGGUAAAUCGGAUGUAUUAAAUUUGAAUUUGUUGACUUUUUCUGAAAAAUGGGUCUCUGUGGCAGCCAUCUUGGAUUUUCAAACCAGUUUCUCAGUUCAAAUGAAUUCCAGAGAAAAUAUUGAACUUCAGCUUGAAAUUUGGCACACCUGUGCAACUGCAAACCAUUAUAAAAUAGCUCAAAGUCAAUGGACCCCUGACAGUCAGUUGACGAAACUUUGGGGUACUUUUAAAGAAAAAA